AUGAUUACUCAUCCAUUAUUUACAUCACGCAUCACUGAGAGUGAAAGUUUUUCUUCACAAUGACAGCACUACUCACCAAAGAGGAGGAAAUCAGCAGUAAUUCCUUUUUCCAUUAUUCCAAUCAGAGACUGAAACAUCACCGGGAGUUCCUUUAAUUGCACCGGACUUCCUCCUCCUGUAAACCCAUUCACAUGCAUGCACCUGUGCAGUCCCAUGCAUGUUUAACCUGUUCGAUACCUGGUAAAAAAAAAUCCCCUUACUCCACACUAUAAGAGGACACAGGAUGGAGGCACAGAGACACAGCUUCACCAGAACUCUCCCUCUGAGUGACACGCGCACAGUUUUCUCACCAGAUCGCCAUCAUCAGGAUGAAGAUGCUUCUCAGCUGCUCUGCUUCCUUCCUCCUCCUCCUGCUGCUCAGCUGUCUGACUGAACCUGCGGAGAGCCGAACUCUGCAUCUGGACAGCUGCUCUGUCAGUGUUCACACACACGAGCUGCGCAAAUACUACGCACACAUACGAUCAAACGCGAUUUCGGAAGACAACGAGAUCGGAAUGAAACUUCUGGAUAGAUCACUGAUGAAAAACGUUCAGGAUGGUCAGACAUGCUGUUUCCUGCGUCUUGUGCUGCGUUUCUAUGUUGAGAGAGUGUUCAGCAACUAUGCCUCAUCUGAGCCAGAGCAACAACGCUGCUCCAGCGCUCUGGCCAAUGCUUUCGUGAGCAUCAGAAGAGACAUCCAUAAAUGUCACUGCCAAUGUGGAGAAGAAACCCAGAGAACAAUUGAUUCAGUGCAUGCUGAGUUUAUCAAGCUACAAGCAAACAGGGCAGCACAGAAGGCAGUGGGUGAACUGGGCACUGUGCUGGAGUGGCUGGAAGCACUGGGACCCAAAACUCAAAGAAAUUGAGCUGCUCUUUACAAAUGUGCUAAUUUAAGUUUUGUGACAUGUUGCAUUUCUAUUUUUUCACUUGAAAGAACUUGUAUCCACUAAUGUGGACUGAACUUGUUUGCUAUAUUUAUAACUAAACAAAAACAGACAUGUAUACUUCUGAGGAAGCUGUUACUGUAAGAUUGUUUACUAGACUUAAAUGUUUGUUUU